ACACACACACACACACACACACACACACACACACACACACACACACAGAUGAACUUGGACUUUGACUUGACUGCGGCGUCUCUGUCCACAGCUGCGUCCUGAUUGGUCCCAGCAGGCCUUAGGCCCCGCCCCCUGCACCCUUAGGCCCCGCCCCCUGCGCCCUGAUUGGCUGCUGCACCGUUGACCUGUGUCUGCUGCGUUAGGAGCUGAGGAAUCGAUCCACCGCAGCCGAUCAGGAGCAGAGGAAUCGAUCCACCGGAGCCGAUCAGGAGCUGAGGAAUCGAUCCACCGGAGCCGAUCAGGAGCUGAGGAAUCGAUCCACCGCAGCCGAUCAGACCACCAUGCUGUCCAUCCCAGACCUGAUCAGAAAGAAGAGAGAUGGAGAAGAGCUGAGUGAUGAAGAGAUCCGGUUCUUCAUCAGGGCUGUGGCUUCUAAAACCAUCCAGGACUGUCAGACAGGAGCCAUGCUGAUGGCUAUCUGGCUGAAAGGGAUGGUUUCCACGGAGAUUACCACCCUGACCAGGGAGAUGAUGUCAUCGGGGGAAGUGAUGUCAUGGCCGGAGAAGUGGAGGGGGCUGGUGGUGGAUAAACACUCCACGGGGGGGGUGGGGGAUAAAGUUAGUCUGGUGCUGGCGCCGGCGCUGGCCGCCUGUGGAUGUAAGGUGCCGAUGAUCAGUGGGCGGGGCUUAGCUCACACCGGAGGAACUCUGGAUAAACUGGAAUCCAUCCCAGGAUUCAAUAUCUACCAGUCGGCAGAACAGGUUCUGGACAUCCUGGACUCCGUCGGCUGCUGCAUCGUGGGUCAGACGGAGACGCUGGUUCCUGCAGACCGGGUCCUGUACGCCCUGAGGGACGCCACCAGCACCGUGGACAGCCUGCCGCUCAUUACCGGUUCCAUCAUCUCUAAGAAAGGAGCCGAAUCUCUGUCAGCUCUGGUUCUGGACGUGAAGUUUGGACGGGCCGCUCUCUACAAGGAUCUGCAGAGCGCUAAAGAGCUAGCAAAGCGUCUAGUGGAAGCAGGAAACCGUCUGGGCAUCCGCACCGCCGCCGCGCUCAGCCGCAUGGACGCUACGAUCGGACGCUGCGUGGGCAACAGUCUGGAGGUGAUUGAGUCUCUGGAGACGCUGAAGGGGAACGGACCGGACGACCUGAUGGAGCUGGUCUCCACCCUCGGGGGGAUUCUGCUGAAGGAGACUGGCUUGGCCUCCGACCUAUCAGAAGGCAGAAAGAAGAUUUCUGAGGCUGUGAUUGGUGGAGCCGCCCUGUCCAGGUUUGAGGACAUGAUGAAGGCUCAGGGAGUAGCACCACAGACGGCUCGGUCACUGUGUUCCACCAGCGAUUACUUCUCCGUCCUGAAGAAGGCGAAGCAUCAGGUGGAGCUGCAGGCGCCGGCAGACGGUCUGGUCCUGGACCUGGACGGUCUGGUUCUGGCUCAGGUUCUGCAGAAACUGGGGGCGGGCCGGUCCAAGGCUAACGAGCCUGUCAAUCACAGCGUGGGGGCGGAGCUUCUGGUGUCGCUGGGUGACCCGGUCCAGAAAGGUUCCCCCUGGCUCAGACUUCACUACGACGACCCGGGUCCGAGUCCAGAGCAGUCGGACCAGCUGAGGAAAGUUCUGGUUCUGGGGCCGAACAUGCCGGCCCGGAACAAGCCGGCCCGGCAGCCUCUGGUGGCAGAACUGCUGAUUACAGAUCCCUAAAUCCUGGAGCUGAAGAUCAAUGAACCUGAUCAGUUUAUCAAUGAACCUGAUCAGUGUUUAUCAAUGAACCUGAUCAGAGUUUAUCAAUGAACCUGAUCAGAGUUUAUCAAUGAACCUGAUCAGAGUUUAUCAAUGAACCUGAUCAGUUUAUCAAUGAACCUGAUCAGAGUUU